UCUAUGUCACUUAUCUUGGUUCAAAAUAAUUACCUAUGUCAUAACUCAUUAUAAACGUCAAGAUGACAAGUUUGUUAAAGUUAAAGCAUAUGAGUACAAAAAUAUAGAGAAAUUUAUUCGACUAUCGUAUAUAUACAAAAAAGCCUAACAUCGUAUUGCAUUAAAAAAAUAUACAGCCUUUUAUAUUGACAGUUUUAUUAAAAAUUUUCCGAGGGUUUUUGAACUUAACUGCUGAUUCUAUUUGAUAUGUUAAAAAGAAAUAUUAUUACAUUUUAAAAAACAAGAUAAUGGCUAUCAGAAAUAUAAUUUCAUCAAUAUUUUUAAGUAAUCGUUAUAUUUUUGUUCGAACAUUAUAUUCUGUUACUUGCCCUGUUAAUAAAUUUCAGAAAAGUCAUCAAUUAGAUAGCAAAUUUUCUUCUGCAUUUCUUAUAAAUAAAGCAAAUAAAAGCUUAGGUGACCACGAAUUUAAAACUAAAAUAAAAGAUAUUGAUGCAUCUAAAGAAAGAAUAAUCAAGGAAUUAAAUUUCUUGUCAAUAAAAGAUGCUACGCCUUUUUUCAAGUUGCCUGUGAAAUCAUUACUGCAAAUUUACAAAACAACUAAAAAUGAUGAACAAAAUGGCUUUUGUAAAAACAGGUUGUAUUAUAUUGCCCACCGAAUUAAGUGUCCACCCUCUAAUUUAAGUGAACUAAUUAUAAAAAGGACUUUUAUAUACAAAUUAUCAUUUGAUUGGUUAGAAAGUUCUUUAAAUGUACUAUUAGUUAUGAAUGUUCCUGGUGAUCGCAUAAAGCGUGAUUUAUGGGUCCUCAAGUAUCAUCAUAAAACUAUAUAUGAAAGGCUUCUAAGAGUUAGAAAUUUGGGUGUUGAAAAUCUGUACCCCUGGAUGGUUCGUUGUUCUGAAGAUAUAUUAAGCAGAUCUAUAGAAAUAAAUCAAGAAACUAAGGCAAUAUUGGGAGAAAAUAAAACAACUAAAAUGUACCUUGCGAACCGCUUAAAUACUACACCAGAUGUUAUUGAAGACAUGUAUCUCAAAAUACCUGCUCUUAAAACUAUCAGAGUCAAAAAGGCAAAAAGUUUCUUGGAUUUUUUAAUUAAAGAAGGUUUUACUGUUGAAGAAAUUGUGGACAAGCCUAGAAUAUUUGCAGCUUCUCAAAAGACAGUAAAAUUGAGAUUAGAAAAACUUAAAAGUUUAGGUCUCAGUGAAAUUAAUUUAAACAUUCUUUGUAGAAGUAGGAGGGAUUUUCAAAGAUAUUACGAAUCCAUUGAAUCAAUUUCUAAAGAGACUGAAUGAGAAACAAAUACCAAAAUU